AUGUGGACCUGCACCAGGUGUUUGUCUUUAUUUGCUUGUGCCCUGAUGCUAUCUUCAUUGGGACAGGCCUGUCAAGGAGAUGAAUUGCCGAGAGAUUUAGUGCUUGACUGGUUGAAAAGACAGAUUUUGGAAGGUUUGGGAAUAGAUGAGCCUCCUUCGCCAGUGCUGCAGCUGCAACCCAGGCAGAUGAUGGACAGAGCUGUGCACCGCGUGCUUCCACGAAGGACCAGGGAAACCCAAGUGGAAAAGAGACACCGUCAAGAGUCCUUGCAGUUAAUUUUGUUUCCAAGCUCAGAGUCUACAUGCUUAGAAAUGCCCGACCACUCGUCUGCUGUUGCUACCGGUCCAUUUACGUUUUAUUUUCAGCCUUCUCUGGACAGCCAGGACUCCACCAUCACUUCUGCCCACUUCUGGUUCUAUGCAGGUGAGGCCAUCGCUUCCAGCAAUGUCUCUGCCCCUCUCUUCAUUCUCACCCCUAAACAGGAACUGCUCAGAGCAUCUGAAAACCCCUUUAAACGUUGUCCUGAUGGCUGGACCACCUAUAAGUUGGAUCGCCAUCUCCACAAUGCCAUGGCUGGCGGCCCCUUCAUGCUGCAGGUCCGCUGCCCAGCCUGCAGCUGCUACGGUUCAGAAGAAGAUAAAACUCCAUUUCUCCAUCUCCGCGUCCAGCCGAGCGGCCCAGAUCGCUCCCGUAGAGCCCCAAAGAUCCCCUGGUCACCAUCUGCUAUCGAAAACCUCAUGAGACCUGCUUCUGUGGACACUACCGCAGACUGCAGAAGAGCAGAGACAGAAAUUGCCUUCGAAGACCUGGGAUGGGAAAACUGGAUCGUUCAUCCUAAGGCUUUUACCUUCUACUAUUGCCAUGGCAACUGUUCCAGCACCGAGCGCAUAACCACCCUACUUGGCAUCAAGCAGUGUUGUGCUCCUGUUCCGGAGAGUAUGAAGUCACUGCGUUUCACCACUACCUCAGACGGGGGAUUCUCUUUCAAGUACGAGACUUUGCCAAACAUCAUACCAGAGGAAUGCCACUGCGUUUAA